AAGUUCAAACCACAAGGGUCAAAACGAAAGUUUCCUCCGUGCGAAGAGCUGGACAGUGGACCAACGAGAGAGAGUGGUUCUGAAUUCUGAUCGAGAGAGAAGACACACGAGACUGCAGAGAGAACUAGAGAGAGAGAGAGAGAUCGAAGAAGACGAGAGAGAAGAAGAAGAAGAAGAAGACGAGAGAGAAGAGUGAGGAUGGGGGGAGGAAUGGAAGCAAACAAGAACAGGUUCAUAGAAGAGUGGGGAGCCGCAAGGGAGAACCUCGAGCACAACUUCAGGUGGACCCGUCGCAACUUUGCCCUCGUUGGCAUCUUCGGCGUCGCCCUCCCCUUCCUCGUCUACAAGGGCAUCGUCCGCGACUUCCAUAUGCAAGACGAGGAUGCUGGGCGGCCAUACAGGAAGUUCCUCUGAGUAUAUCCUGCAACUGUUUUUUUCAAUAAUGGUGCUGAAGUGAAACUGUCUGGGCUUCCCUGAGUGCCACAAGAAGUGUGACUCUCACAUUAUGUGGACCUCAAUUUUCUAUUAAUGCUCUGUUGCAAGCUUUUGCCGUAUUGUGUUAACACUUUCCUAUGGAGAUUGAUUGUCUUGAUUUCAGUUGGCAUUUGAUGGUUACAGGCCUGUUUUUUUUUUGGUUUACCUUUGUUUGUAUUUUGUUGAUGGAACAUCCGUCCUUGUGCAUGGCCUCUCUCUGCAUUUGUGUGUUGGUGAUGCAUGAGUUAGUCCAAAAUCCUCUAAAGCUUUGGAUGAUUGCUUUACAUUUUUUAAAAUACGUUAUGUAGUGCCACCCUAUGGUUCUUGUGCCA